AUGGAGAAUUCGGUAGGAUUAAUGACGGUUUUUGCUGUAUCAGGAAGCAUGGCUCAUGUUGCUCUACAAGCUCAUAAGUGUCUUCUCUCUGAUUUCAUGAAAAACGUUGAAUUACAAUUAGGAACUGCAACUGCUGGAGUUGGAAGGAUGACUAAAGCUUGUUCACACUCUCCACUCCUAUCAACUCAUGGCAUUCUUAAGAUACACAAGGGUUCGAAAGUUGAAAAAAAGAAGAAAGUUCGUUUUGCAGAUGAUGUAGUCGAGCCAUCAUCGAAUAAUGAAGUAUACCGAAGGCAACGGAUGUGA